UUUGCGUGUACGAGUAUUUUUUUCUAUUUAAAUUUGUCUUUGUUUUUUUACUUCUGACGAUAUUUUAUUGUUUUUGUCAGAUAACGCUAUACUCAGUUCGUUGUUAAUUGGCACACAUGUUAUUUUGUCAAAAAUGGUUAAGUAACUAAUACAAAUUCUUCAAAAUUUCUGGUCUAAUAUUCAUUAUUAUCAAUAAAGAAACAAAUAAUGAUACUUGUGUCUUUGUAAUUUGUUAUAUCUAAUGCGCAAAUGAAGAUUCUGCAGCAUCGCUGAGUUAUGCAUUCAGAAUGUUACGUGCACAUUUAAAACGUUAAAGAAAGUGAGAAUGACCGGUCGUGAAUUAUGGUAACGUAACGGAUAGAAUGCCGUCUGUCGUCCCACGAAUCUCAUGUCGCACGUGAGCCAGAGUUCAUCCGAUGAGGCCGUAUUGCUCACUCGGGGUUACAAACUGUUGAGAAAGCUCGGUGAGGGUUGUUACGCAAAAGUGUAUCUGGCCGAGUAUAAACCAGAACACGAAGCAGAUCGCAACAACACUUUAGCCUGCAAGAUUAUCAACACCACAAGCGCGCCGAAGGACUUUGUCCAAAAAUUUCUGCCACGCGAACUAGACAUCUUGGCAAAGCUGAACCAUCCGCAUGUCGUGCACGUGCACAGCAUCUUCCAAAGGCACAACAAGUAUUUCAUAUUUAUGCGCUUCGCCGAGAACGGUGAUCUUCUCGAAUUUGUUCUGAAAAACGGUGCAGUGACGGAAAAUCAAGCCCGCGUAUGGUUCCGUCAGCUCGCUUUAGGUCUUCAGUAUCUGCACGAGCUGGAAAUCGUACAUCGGGAUGUCAAGUGUGAGAACGUUCUUCUAACGUCUAACUUCAAUGUAAAAUUGGCGGACUUUGGAUUUGCUCGUUAUGUGGUUGAUAGCCGCGGUAAGCACGUCCUCAGCGACACGUACUGCGGUUCGCUCUCGUAUGUGGCGCCAGAGAUUCUCCGCGGUUAUCCGUAUAAUCCAAAGAUGUCUGACAUAUGGUCGUUGGGAGUGAUCCUCUACAUAUUACUAAACAAGGCGAUGCCGUUUGACGAGAGCAACGUAAAGCGUUUAUACGAGCUGCAAGUGGCGCGCAAAUGGAAAUUCCGUAAAAGAUCGGACCAUCUAACCGAGCAUGUAAAGAAACUUGUGAGCAAUCUGCUCGAGCCGGAAGUAUUUAAACGCUGGCACUUGGAUCAGAUUGUCCAUAGCGACUGGAUCGCCAUGGAUCCGCGUCUCCUGGUGCUGACGCCUGCGGAGCAGACCGCGCUGAGCAACGCGAUCGAGGAGCGAAAGAAACACGAGGAAAAGGUCACGAAAAGGGAGGUCGUACGAGCGGAGGAGAGUCCCGUACGACUGUUACUCAUAAACAUUUUUUACAAAUCCAAGUGUCUCUUAAUGUCGUUUUUAUCGUAUAUUGCAUUGACGAUGCGUAGAACGCUGCUGGUCAUUUACCAAGCGUAUACGCAUAUUUUAUCACACUUUCGACUACAAGAUUAAUCAAAUUUUGUAAUUUAAUCGACAUAAAAUACAUAGAUUCUCUCACAUCUUGUAAAUCAAAUCCAUAAUUAAAAGAAAAUAUGUAACAAAUGGUGUCGCGACACUACGAAUAAUCGAUUUUCAGAAACGGCACAAAACUGAAGAGACAAAAAAGAUUAACGAGCACAGGUCGCAUGAAGCGGAAGCGCAAGCGGAAGUAACAAUCCUUAAAGAUGUUGUAAAAGUAUGCUACUAGAAUUAAUUACAUAUUGAGAAAAGGAUAAAAUGGCACAAAUCUUCUUUAUCUCUUUCUUAGGAAGCAGUUUCAACAAUCAUGACAGUCGGAACUCACCUUAACAAUCCAUAGCCUGUUCUCACUUAUCAUUUGUGGAAAUAAAAAAACUAAAAAUAAUUUGAUUCAUUGCAAUUCAAUAUAUAUUUUCUUGAAGUAACUAAC